UCUACAAUUAUCUAUUUCUUUCUUUUCAAGUUGAUCAACAUUGCAGCAGCCAAAAGAAAUGCCUGAAUUCGAAACUCUUGUUAACCCUCCACAGGAGGUUUUCGAACUAAUUGUUAAGUUGAGUGGCGAAACUGAAGGUUGGCCAUUUCAACUGGGUGACUACAAAUUUUGGUCUACAAGUUAUGAUAAGUUUUGGUUGGUUACUGUUGUUGAGAAGGGAACAACUAAUCUUGUCGCCUCGGUUUCUUUGGCUCGUUGGGACGGAGAUGACGGACCACUUUAUUCCAUUGGUCUAUUCUAUUGUGUUCAAAAAUAUAGAGGACAAGGCCUUGCAAAACCAAUUUUCCAGAAAGUUAUGGACAUGAUUGGGGAAAAUGAUAACGCUACUCUCACGGGAGCCGUGAAAAUGUCGGCCAAAUAUGCAACAGAACAUGGAUUUGACAAAUAUCCAGAGCACUGGCAUUUGUUCAGCAGUUUGAAAAUGGAAGACGUCGUAAUUCCUGGAGAAGUUUCUAAAAAGUUUUCGACCAAGCAUUGGUCGGAAGUCGACUACGAUGCUUUGACCGCAUACGACCGUACAAUUUGUAUUCGAGAUCGAAAGAAAAUCAUGACGGCCUGGUUCAACUUGUCGGAUACGUUCACAAGAGUAGUCCUUGACGACACUGGUAAAAUCGUGGGCUAUGGAACAAUUCGAAUUGUAUCCCAAAACAAGUUGAGCUCAGCACCCUUCUACGCAGAUUGUCUAGAAGCCGCUGUGGUUCUUCUGGCAGACCUUCUCAAUAAUAUUCCAAACUGGCAGAAGUAUUCGAGCUUCGGAUUCUUGUAUCCAGAAUGCAAUCAAGAUCCUCUAGCACUACUGGGAAAAUUCUCAAAAAGCACCGACCUGAUAUCUACAGCUCCAUUCGUUCGAAGUCAAUUCACAAAACAUCUGAUUCCUACUCCGGACAAUAAAGUCUACUCUCUGUCGGACUGUGCACAUCAAUUUGUUUAAUUUUUGAAAUCGGUUUUCUGAAGUGUUCUGAAUUUUUUUCGUUCUGUCUUGCUUCCAAAUGAAUAUUAGUUUUGUUCGCAACGUCA